GUAGAAGUGAGUGUUUCAUGGCCAUGGCUCUUAUCAAUAAGCUCCAAUUGAGAGCUUUGGUGUUAUUCAUUUGGCUGUAUGUCUAUGCGGUUGGACACAACCUGCUCAGUUGUGAGGCUACAUCUCAAUAUGCUUCUGGCUACCAGUGCAAUGGAAAUGCAUCGCAGGAUCAGUGUGGGACAUUUGCAAUUCUGCGCACUAAUUCCUACUACUCCUCUCUUUUCAACCUGAGCUUUUACUUGGGCAUCAGCCGUUUUGUGCUUGCAGAAGCAAAUGGGUUUUCUGCAGAUACAGAAUACCUUCCGAAAGAUCAGCUUCUGUUGGUUCCAAUUAAUUGUAAAUGCAAAGAUGGUUUCUCUCAGGCUGAAUUGACAAAAACUACCAUUAAGGGGGAGAGUUUUUAUGGUAUUGCUGAAUCUCUGGAGGGCUUGACAACAUGCAAAGCCAUUCAAGAGAAGAACCCGGGAGUCUCACCCUGGUGUCUUGAUGAUAAAGUUAAGUUAUUGAUCCCCAUUAGAUGUGCCUGUCCUUCAUCUGAAGCAAGCGCAAAAACAAGGCUUUUGCUGUCUUAUCCGGUAAGGGAAGGUGAUACAACUUCUAACUUGGCCAUUAAGUUCAAUACUACUCCAGAAGCUAUUAUUCUUGCAAAUAACAAAUCAUCACAAACUUUUAGACCUGAAAGCCUAAUACCUUUUACCUCUCUUCUGCUUCCAAUCGAUGGUGAGCCUAUCCUUGGUCCUCUCGCAAAACCUCGUGAACCCAAUUUACGUUUUCCAGCAACUGGCAUCCCAGAAAUUAGUCCUCACAGGAAAAAGUCCAAAAUGUGGAAAAUUGGUUUAUAUGUUGCACUUGGCGCGGUUGCAGUAGGAGUGAGCAUUGGUAUUGCAGCAGCCUUGGUUUUGAGCCAACUGAAGAAUAAGAAGAAGAAGAAACAAAGUUCCUGCAAGGGAGGAGACGUGGAGUUACAACAGCUAAAUCUCAGUGUAAGAACCACAAGUGACAAGAAAGUCUCGUUUGAGGGAUCUCAGGAUCGUCUUUAUGAUGAUCGGAGAAAAGAUGCCACGCCUCGCAAGAUACUGGCUGAGACGUACACUGUUGAGGAGCUGAGAAGAGCAACCGAAGACUUCAAUUCAAGUAAUCACAUUGAGGGUUCUGUCUAUCAUGGUCGUCUCAAUGGGAAGAACCUCGCUAUAAAGUGCACCGAACCAAAAACAAUCUCAAAGAUCGAGCUUGCGCUUUUCCAAUUUGCAAUUCACAGUCACCCCAACAUACUUAGACUGCUGGGAACAUGUCUGACGGAGGGCCCAGAUUCGUUUUUGGUCUUUGAGUAUGCCAAAAAUGGGUCCUUGAAAGAUUGGCUCCAUGGUGGGUUGGCCAUGAAGAACCAAUUCAUUGCCUCUUGUUAUUGUUUCUUGACAUGGAACCAGAGACUGAGAAUCUGUCUCGAUGUAGCCAUGGCCUUACACUACAUGCACCACGUAAUGAACCCGAGCUAUGUUCAUAGAAAUGUAAAGAGUCGGAAUAUCUUCUUAGAUGAAGAGUUCAAUGCAAAAAUUGGGAACUUUGGCAUGGCAAGAUGCAUUGAAGAUGAUACCGGGGAUCCAGAAUUUUAUUCCACCAAUCCCGCCUCUUGGAAUCCGGGGUAUUUGGCACCCGAGUAUGUUCACCAAGGUGUCAUUUCCCCAAGUAUUGAUAUCUUUGCUUUUGGGGUAGUUUUGCUGGAGGUAUUAUCAGGUCAAACGCCAAUAACUAGGCCAAAGGAGAAGGGAGAAGGAAGUAUUCGGCUAUCUGAGAAAAUCAAGUCAAUAUUGCAGUCAGAAGAUGCAGAUGAGCUAAGGGAAUGGAUGGACAGCGCUCUGGGAGAGAAUUAUUCAUUUGAUGCAGCUGUCACAUGGGCCAAUCUUGCAAGAGCUUGUGUAGAGGAAGACCCUUCAUUGAGACCUAGUGCUGGAGAAGCUGUCGAGCAAUUAUCACGAUUGGUUCAAGAAUUACCGGAAGGAGAGCAUUUGUCAAUGUGUGAAAGCUCUUCCAAGCCUUUAGUGAAGGCAUCGGCAACCGGAACGUGAACAGCCCAACGGAUAAGACCAGUUCUUCUGCUCCUAGCGUGGUUUAAUUAAUGUCUUCAAUCCACAGGAUUGUGGCCUUUUGAAAAGGUCAGUAGGAUCCUGUAUAUAAGCCAUUACGAGACGCAUGCAAUUUCCUAAACAAAAGUUGCAGGUUUCUACUCUGUAUUCUCUGUAUCUUACAAAUUAAUAAGCUGCCUUUGCCAUGCCUCUGCGAAGCAAACGCU